CGUUCAGAAGUGGGUCAUUAGGAAAUAUAGAAUAUAAACGAUGUAUAUAAAGAUUAGUGUGAUUCUUCUUGUCUUGGUCGGUUKCUUUGUAUCUGGACUUUGUAAAGAAUACAAAGUGUACUUUAUGACUGGUUACCAUGGCCCCGCUUCGCGCGCUCAGUUUCGUAUAAUUGGUGAAAAGGGUCAAACGUUGUCACAUGUUAUAAGCCCCAAUGGAGGAGAAUUUCGAGCAUUCAGUAAGAACAUAUUCACUAUAGAUGACAAAGACGUUGGUAAAGUAACUGCAGUYAAGGUCUAUUUUAAGAGUGGCAUGGACUGGCAUAUCCGAAAGGUCAUUGUUAGAGCCGGCCGUUUUUAUACUUUUAGUUAUAACGACGUGGUCUUACCUGGAAAAUGGACGACCAUUGCAGUAAAGUGUACAAAAGGUUAUAAGACAGGAUCGGAUGGAAGGUGUAUUGAUAUCGACGAAUGUCGUACUACCAAUCCAUGCAAAGACUCUUUAGCUAAGUGUUACAAUACGAUUGGUUCAUACCAGUGUAUCUGCCCACCUGGUUACACAGAAGCAUCUGGAUAUUGUCGAGAUAAAAAUGAAUGCCUUUUCGGGAAACCAUGUAUUCAAGGCUACUGUGUCAACACCCCAGGCUCCUACAGAUGUAAAUGCAAUCGCGGUUAUGAAAUUGACGAAGGAAAAUGUGUUGAUGUUGAUGAGUGUAAGGAUGGAAUCGAUAACUGUGACAGAGCAUCUUCUCUGUGUUACAACUAUGAGGGAGGCUUCAAUUGUAGAUGCAAGCCAGGCUACAAGUGGGUCAGCAAUAGUAAAACGCGAUGUGAACUUGUUAUUUGCAGCGCUCAAAAGCCAGACAGCUUAACGACUUACUCACCAGCACGAUGUUUAAAGGAAAACGCUAACAAAGAAGGCGAUGUCUGCACCAGAGGAUGUGUCUAUGGUUAUGAGUUGAGUGAUAUGAGAAACUACAAAACGAUUCAAUGUCAAGAUGGUAAAUGGAGGGGCAUUACUUCUGCACCCAAGUAUUGUAUUGGCAGGAAAUGCCCGGCUCUUCCUCAAAUUCAAAAUGUCCGGUAUGACCCUUCAGACUGUGGCGUGAAUGGUGGGCGAUAUAAAGGCAGACCAUGUGAGCAAGAUUGUACAGACGGCUACAAGAAAGUCAAAGGAGAUUCACGUGAAUGCCAAAUAGAUGGCACGUGGAAUGGAACACCAGCAACAUGCAUAAGAAAUUGGCCAGAUCCUACGAUAAGUUGUCCAGCAGGAAUCAUUGUAACCCUCCAGCCCGGCAAAAACACAACUUCAGCCGGUUCUCAGUGGAAGUUUCCUUAUUCAAAUUACAAUAACUUCACUACUUCUCCUGCUGGGGCUAAUGGCCAGUACCAGUUUCCCGCGGGCAUCACAAAAUUGCGAUGGACCGUUACCAAUCCAGAUGGAAAAACGGCCACGUGCAGCCAACGCGUUACGGUCCUUGAUCAAGAACCACCAAAGAUAGUUUCUUGCCCUGCGCCGACCGUAUUUCUCYCUGCUUACACAAAGGGACCAUAUCACGUGACGUACAAGGAGCCGGAAUUCUCUGACAACGUUGGUGUCGUUAGGGUUGAAAAAAAUAAUGUCAAGAAAACUUAUGACGCCACCGGUAUAUUCUAUCAAGUUUUUACUGCCUAUGAUAGGGCAGGGAAAAGUGUGCAGUGCAAAUUUGCAGUAGAAAUUGGAGGAACAAAGUGCCCGACAUGGCCUGAUGACCGUGGUCUUCCUGGUUUGUGGUUAUCACAUGGCUCGUCCUUUGGACAAACAUUUGCCAGUAGAACAUGUCCUGCUGGAAAAACGACUUAUCCUGCAUCAGAAUCUGGUUAUUAUACGUGUGAUAAAGCAACAGGGAAAUGGUAUCCAGAAGUAGCUUCUGAUUGUGUUGAUUUUAAAACAGUGAAAAAGGAAGACCAAUGUGCGUCGGGAUAUGAAAAGAAAUUUUCUUUCAACAYAUACACUUGCGCUCAAUGUGGCCUGGGAACAUAUCUUAAAGAAGGCAACUGUACCAUGUGCGCUGCGGGUACAUAUCAGAACCAACGUGGACAGACCACAUGCAAUAAGUGCCCAUCAGGGACAUCUUCUGCACAAGGGGACUUUGCCUGUAGAGAUCAUUGUCCAGCUGGUACGUUCUCAAAAGACGGUAUGAGGCCAUUCUGUACACUUUGUCCACAAGGCCAGUACCAGGACCAACAAGGACAAACAAGUUGCAACGUUUGUCCACAAAACAAGUUCACAAACACUAAACUUGGAGCCACUUCAUGCCAAGAUGUGAAACCAUCCCAUCAGCAACAAAAUGGCUUGCUAGAGAUAAGUUCAAUCAAGAAACCAAAAGAAUGGGACAUCCAUAAUAAUGGCAACACAUUAGAGUGUAAUAUUAGAGACAACAACUUCAAACUUGUGUCAGUGAAAUGGAAGAUUAUCAACAAAGAUAACAUUCCAGUUGACUUUCUUGGCAAGCCAAAGUUUGAAGAGAUUCGAAAUAACAGUGGAAAGGUCAUUGGUUCUCGUCUUGUUUUAUCGCAAAUCAGUAAUCACAACGCGAGGCUGGAAUACGUUUGCGUAGCGACUAACGUGAAUGGAGAAACACGCAAGAGUGAAACCAUUCCUUGGCCUUACUAAGAUGUUUGUGAAAGCUUUAGAUGUCAGAUGGAGGAAUCGACAAGAAUCUACGGCCAUUAAUAAGAGCAAGUGCAAAUCAAUUCAACKUGUGAA